AUGCACUACGAGCGAAUUAGUGCCGUGGAUACCUGGAGGAACGGCCCUGGUCGAUAUGACUGUGUUUUCAUUAGUACUGAUCCCACUGUCGAGGGUAUGCGUGGCUUCGAUAUCGCUCAAGUAAGGCUUUUCUUUUCAUUUAAACACAAUGGUGUACAUUACCCUUGUGCAUUUGUGCAUUGGUUCAAACACGUGCACGACUCACCAGAUGAGAACACAGGAAUGUGGGUAGUAGAGCCUGAAACCCGCGAGGAUGGGACACGAUUUGCCUCCGUCAUUCACCUUGACUGCAUUUUUCGUGCGGCACACCUUAUGCCUGUAUUUGGGCAUGAAUUUGUACCUACUUAUCUCUCUUACACACAGACCCUUGAUGCUUUCCGCACUUACUAUGUAAAUAAAUACAUUGACCAUCAGGCAUUUGAGAUUGCCUGGUGA